AUGAAAUUCCCCGGCUCCGUCCUCGUCUCCGUCGUCCUGUUCGUGGCCGAGACGGCGGCCGCGCUGUGCCUGAGCGGCGCGUACCGGGCGGCGGGGGACCGCAUGUGGCAGUGGCUGACGCUGCUCUUCGCCCUGCUGCCCUGCGCGCUGGUGCAGCUCAGCCUGGUCUUCAUCCACCGCGACGUGAGCCGCGACCGGCCGCUGGUGCUGCUGCUGCACCUCCUGCAGCUCGGGCCCCUCGUCAGGUGUGUGGAAGUCUUUUACAUUUACUUCCAUGCUGGCAGAGUCGAAGAGCCGUAUGUCAGCAUCACGAAGAAGAGGCAGAUGCCCAAGGAUGGGUACUCCGAAGAAGUUGAGAAGGAAGUGGGCCAGGCCGAAGGCAAGCUGUGUACGCACAGGUCUGCAUUCAGCAGGGCCUCUGUGAUCCAGGCAUUCCUCGGCUCAGCCCCCCAGCUCACGCUCCAGCUCUACAUCUGUGUCCUGCAGCAGGAGAUAACGGCUGCCAGAAGUGUAUUUAUGGUCCUUUCUCUCCUGUCAAUUGUAUAUGGCGCCUUACGCUGCAACAUCCUGGCUAUUAAGAUUAAGUAUGAUGAUUACGAUAUCAGUGUGAAACCAGCUGCCUACCUCUGCAUAUUCAUGUGGAGAAGCUUUGAGAUUGCUACACGGGUUACAGUGCUGGUCCUUUUCAGCUCAGUCCUUCAGAUCUGGACUCUCCCCGUUGUGCUAGUGAAUUUCUUUGUUUUUUUCUUUUACCCGUGGAUUCUCUUCUGGCAAAGCAAGUCCCCGUUUCCCGAGAACAUAGAGAAGGCAUUGAGCAGGGUCGGCACCACCAUUGUCUUGUGCCUUCUCACCUUCUUGUACGCAGGCAUUAACAUGUUCUGCUGGUCGGCAGUGCAGGUGAAGCUCAAUGAUCCUGACUUAAUUAACAAGUCUCAAAACUGGUACUGUCUGACUGUGUAUUACAUGCUGCGAUUCAUUGAGAAUGCAUUCCUCCUGCUGAUGUGGUACAUCUAUAAAACUGAUAUCUACUUGUACGUCUGUGCCCCGUUGUUGGUCUUGCAGCUCCUGAUAGGUUACUGCAUGGCUGUCCUCUUCAUGUUGGUGUUCUACCAGUUCUGUCACCCGUGCAAAAAACUCUUUUCAUCCAGCAUUACCGAAGGUUUGCUCUCCUGUUUCAAGUUCCUCUGCUUUGUUUGCAAGCCUCCCAAAUCCACCAGAGUAACAGACAAGGCAGAGUUGAAAUCAUCUGAAAAUGCUGAUGAAUCACAAAGCAGUAACAAGACAACAGAUUCUCAAAAUGGGAAUCGUCAUCAAAGUGUUUCUUCCAAUGCCUAGUAUAACUGGAAACAAGUAUGUGCCUUGGGAAGGUUGCAGGUCACCUGCUGGGAAUGUUGGGCAUCUUGGAUAUUGUGUCUUGUGGGUGGGUUUUCUUUCUUGCAGGUGUAUGCUGCAUGAAGACUGACAAGCCUACCUUUAUGGAAAACGUUGCUUAUGGGUAUGUGUACCUGUAUGUGUUUAUGUAUGAAUGUAGAAAGCAGUCAUUGUUUGUAGACUUCUGUUUCAGAUUCUUUUUGACAUGGUUUUAUUAUCACGUGCUCAAUUUGAAAUCAUUAUAGAAGACAUCCUUCAAAAACUAGCCUGAUUCUCAUCUUACUCAGGAAAUCUGAGGAUGGAAGGAAAUGCAUUUUAUUUCAGAUAGGAUGUCAUUAAGGCAUGCCACCCUAGCAUGGAAACAGAGCAUAGUCUUUGACUAUCUAGUGACUAUAGCUGUGGUCUGCUUUCCUCAGAUGGCAGACUUUUUUACACUCUAAUCAAUGUCAUAAAAUAAUUCUUCUCUCUGUGGCAUAAGAAUUUGACUUCUACAAUGCACAGUUGCCUAGGUUGCCAAGAAACGGCUAAUUAGCCAGCACUAAUACUGAAAUGUGACUUACUGAGAAUGGACAGAGGGGUUAUUGGCUUAUGCACUGUUUUACUCUUCAUAUUUGCUGCUUGUUAGUA